CAGACGGCAUGUUUGGCAACAAUAUAACUUUUAAUCUUUUGGAUUAUUUCGUUUUGGCCACAGUCGUAUGAGGAGCGAUUUUGUCAUUAAAGUAAUAGAGAACACAACUUUAAUUUUUACUGGCAAUUAUGCCAUUGUUUGGAAAAUCUCAAAAGAGCCCUAGUGAGCUUGUUAAAGUUCUGAGAGAAGCAAUUGUAGCUUUAGAGAAAGGGGACAAGAAAGCAGAAAAGGCUCAGGAAGAUGUUUCCAAACAUUUGGCUCUCAUGAAAACUAUGUUAUAUGGAAGUAGUGAUCAAGAACCUAAUUCUGAUAUUGCUGUGGCUCAGUUAGCACAAGAAUUAUAUAACUGCAACAUGUUAUUACUUCUAGUUCAGAAUCUGCCCCGAAUAGAUUUUGAGGGGAAGAAAGAUGUUGUCCAAAUUUUUAGCAAUAUUCUGAGAAGACAGAUUGGAACUAGAUUACCAACUGUUGAGUACAUAUGUACAAAGCCUGAAAUUCUUUUCACUUUAAUGAAAGGCUAUGAAAAGCAAGAUAUUGCUCUAAAUUGUGGCACAAUGCUAAGGGAGUGCAUUCAUUAUGAAGCAUUAGCUAAAAUUAUAUUGUACUCUGAUGAGUUUUAUAAUUUCUUUAGAUAUGUUGAAGUAUCUACUUUUGAUAUUGCGUCCGAUGCCUUCUCCACAUUUAAGGAAUUACUGACAAGGCACAAAGUCUUGUGUUCCGAAUUUCUUGAACUGAAUUAUGAUCGAGUAUUCAGUCACUAUCAGCACUUACUGAAUUCAGAGAAUUAUGUCACCAAGAGGCAAUCUUUGAAAUUAUUAGGAGAACUGUUAUUAGACCGUCACAAUUUUACUAUCAUGACCAAAUAUAUAAGUUCCCCUGAAAAUUUAAAGUUAAUGAUGAAUAUGUUGAAAGAAAGGAGUCGAAACAUUCAGUUUGAAGCAUUUCAUGUUUUCAAGGUAUGUAAAUGGUAAAUUUUAUGAUUUAUU